UUGGGGUGUUUGAUCCGCUGCGCUGCACCCUUUGCUUCUCACCAGGAUAAAACCAAGCAGACGCAUAUAUAUAUAUUUAGGAAUGGACCCCGCCGGCGAAGAUUGGAUCAAGAGAGAAAAUGAGGAGGAACCUCCUCGGCAAGCGGAUGCUGAACGAUUGCACGAGACGUUAUCGGAAGGGAGCGAGGAUUUCCCCGAUUCUGAGCAGCCCGAAGCCCGUAAGAGAGGCCUGGAAACCCGCCGGGACACGUUUGCGGGGGACCUCUGCUUUGACUAUGAGAACGGGCCCCCGAGAAUGCGCGCGAACGACCGGCCGUUCAAAUGUGACGUGUGCGAGAAAAGCUUCCGCCACAGCUCCAGCCUGCUGACCCACCGGAGGCUCCACACGGGGGAGAAGCCGUACAAGUGCACCGACUGCGGGAAGAGCUUCAACACGAGCUCGGCGCUCAUCGUGCACCGCAGGACGCACACCGGGGAGAAGUCCUACGUCUGCUCGGACUGCGGCAGGUGCUUCAGCGAAGGCUCGGUGCUCAUCAAGCACUGGCGCAUCCACACGGGCGAGAAGCCCUACAAGUGCGCCAUCUGCGGGAGGGGUUUCCGGCAGAGCUCGCAGCUGCGUGCCCACGAGAGGACGCACACGGGCGAGAAGCCCUACGAGUGCCGGGACUGCGGCAAGUGCUUCAGCACCAGCUCGAACCUCUCGGCCCACCAGAGGACGCACACGGGCGAGAAGCCCUACAUCUGCGCCGAGUGCGACCGCGCUUCGGCCACAAGUCCCACCUCAUCUCCCCCAGAAGACGCACACGGAGAAGCUGCACGCUUGCCCCGACUGCCCCCGCCAGCUUCCGCAUGACCCACCAGCUGCUGGUCCACCGGAAGUCCCACCAGGAAGACCGGCGCUACAAGUGCCUGCUCUGCGGGAAGACCUUCAGCUACAGCUCGGCUCUGCUGGCGCACCAGCGGAUGCACACGGGGGACAGGCCCUUCAAGUGCCUCGAGUGCAGCAGGAGCUUCAUCCGAAACUCGGACUUGACCAAGCACCAGAGGAUCCACACGGGGGAGAAGCCCUACGAGUGCCCAGAGUGCGGGAAGAGGUUCAAUCAGAGCUCGCACCUGGUCAGCCACCGGAGGGUCCACUUCAAAAGCGCCGCCAAAAACCCGGGCGCGAACGCCGGCGCUCCGGCUGAGCAAGAAGUCGAGUCUUCCUGAGGGCCGCUUUCUGCAAGGAACUGCUUCUGUAAGUUUAUGGAGGCUGUAAUCUGGCUCUCUUCUGAAAGAGGUUUGCACGGAGGGACUCUCAAGCAAGACUGCGUGUAGAGUACCGUGCGCUGGAAAAACGAAAGUUUCUGCACCGAGGCAGCUGGGAUCCUUCGUCGAGGAAAGCAGAGUCCUGCGGCAUUGGGUACCUUAUGGUUGACGUGCAUUUCUUUAGUAUAAUUUGUUCUAUGUUGCAGGUCAUAGUAAAGGGUAGGGAGAGAUGCAGGGCGCAGAGGCUUAUGCCCUCCGGCCCUUGGAAAUCUUGCUCAGCCUUUCUGCCUUCUGGAAACGUGUGGGCAGUGUCUGUCUUUGCUGUCAUAAGGACUAGAAACUUGGGGAUGUGGUGCUUUUUAAAAAUGGAUUGCUGAAAUCGGUGUGCUGGGCUGUGUCCUUGUGUGAGUGCAGAAUAUACUCUAGAUUACACCACAUGUCAAACAGAGGUAGGGGAUCAUUUUAUUUUUUUUAGCCCAAGGGUUAUGCUCCCUCCUGUGCAGUCUGUCAGGAACCCCAUGCUAGUGGUGGGUGGAGCCAGAGGAAAGAGUGGGCGGAGCCACAGAUGUGCCCUCUGGCAUUGGUGCAGUAGGCUAUGUUGCAGGAAUGCAAAAGUCAGAGGUUUUGACAUCCACGCAGCCCAUGCCUAUCUUCUCCUCCAGCUAGGCAGACGAAAGGCAUUUUCACAGUUCAGGGACCCACUGAAGCCUUGACACUCAAGGAGUGCAUGGUGCAGGUUGGUGUGGAGGUUCCCACUCAAUUCAAUACAACUGCAGUAGAACAGUGGGACUGGAACUAAACUAAAAAUUAGCCGCACUUUAGUCCCAUUGAAGUCCGUGGGGGCAGGUUAGCUGUGGCAUCACUUAGUUUGGAUGCCAACUCAGCCUUUGAAAUUUCUUGGUGGUGUGGGAGAGAAGGGAAGGUUGAUCUUCAGACCCCAGGAGAUACACAGAAACCCAAAGAGCUGUUUUUUUACACUGGAAUGAGCUCCUUUUCUCUGUGGUUCCCCUGUUUGAUGUUGGCAAUGCUAGGCAGUUGCUUGUGAGAUAGGACAUGCUCCAACCAGCUUCUAAUUGCCACCUUCCAUUGUCUUGUAUCUUAAGAGAGGAGGAGUACAGUAGUCUAACAAGGAAGAGGAACUGUGCUUUUAAACAAAAGAAAUGGCUAUGUUUUGUUACUCGGUAAUGAAAUAAAACCAAGGGAUGACUAGAUGACCCUUGGGUCCCUUCCAACUCUGGUUCUAUGACCUGGUAGGUAGGAAACAAAUCAACGC